AUGGGCCUAGAGACCCGGCCAGUCUGUCAUCGCUGUGCGCAGAUUAAACAGGCCUGUGACGGCAACCUUCCCUGCGCGCGUUGCGUGCGCCUCAGCCUGCCGUGUCGCUUACGGAACACUACCGGCUCCGGCGACGACUUCCCCUACGGCGAUGUACCCAAGGCCAAGAUCCGGAGGGUCCAGACAGGCUGCCUCAUGUGCAAGAGGCGCAAGAAGAAGUGCGACGAGACCAAGCCGAGAUGCGGCGACUGUCGGCGCUUGUGCCUCGAAUGCACCUGGCCGCAAGAGCGACAAGCGAGGUCCGCCAAGCCGGGCUCUGCGGUCGCCGACGAGCCCCUCAACGCGUUGGCGCGCCUUAACUCCGGUCUGGUCGCGCCGAUCCCGACCGGCAGCAGCUUCAAGCAGGAGCCCGACGUGUUGCUGAUGCGCGAUAUUCCCAUCCGCGGCAGCCCCAGCCCUUCGUCCAGCUCCAGCAGCGGAGGGCACGGAAGCUACGACACCCCGAGCCAACACGGUCACCCCGGCCAUGGCGCUCAGCUGAGCUUUCCCGACACUUACGCAGACUUCAACCGCCCCAUCAACUACUCUUCCCUGAUGACCAUGGCCACAACCGCCAUGGCAAUCCCCUUAUCGGCCGCCAUCCCCGUCACGUCUGGCGUCUUUAGCGGGCUCACCCCUGAUAUGAGCCCCUCGAGGCUGUCGUGGGACAUAUCGGCCUCGCCUCCCGCUUGGCUCGACGCAGUUACUCCCGUCAGCAACAACAGUCCAGCCGCAUCCCUCGAUUCCGUACACUCGGCACCGUCGUCGCUGUCCAUCUACGUCCCGCAGCUCAUGCCGCAGUUGAUUGCCCCGCAAGACAAGGCCCUGCUCAACCACUACUCCACCAUCGUCUCUUCGAUACUGUCCCGCCGGUCAUCGGUAGACAACCCCUACAACGGCUACCUCUUGCCCAUGGCCCAGUCCAACGACCUCGUCCUCCACUGCAUCCUGGCGCUGUCGGCAAACCACUGGCGCAAGCUGCAGCCGGACUUGGGCGACCGCGGACUGCUGCACAAGAGCAAAGCCACGCAGGCCUUGGCGGGCAUUCUUCCCCAUGUCGACAGGACGAGCGCCGAUAUAGCGCUGGUCAGCAGCCUGCUUCUCUGCAUGACAGAGCUGUUCGACGGCACAAGCGAAGGGUGGAAGCUGCAUCUCAAAGGCGCAAAACGGUUGCUCAUCACGUUGCGGAAGCAGCAAGGCGCCAUGAUGACUGGCCACUACAAGUUCCUCCUCCGACUCGCCCGAUUUCUCGACUCCGCCGCCACCACCUCGACCUGCCGGCCGCCGCUCAUGGGGGCCGAAGCUGCCGAGGCCCAGGCUCUCGACACCUGGUCCGCCACCCCGGACGAAGAGGACUCGGCCGUGUACGGCAUCCCCAAGGAGCUGUUCCACCUGGUGGACCGCGUGAACACCCUGGCCGAGCUGCGAAGCACCCGAGUCGACCAAGCCUCCGAAAUCGCCUUUCGGCGGCACGCCAACGCCAUCGAGCACCGCAUCAACAACUGGUCCUGCGAAUACGGCGGCAUCGCGCGAGCCGUGUCCGCGCCGACACCCAACACCGACGACGUCUUGCACGCCACCUUGGCUUUCGAGCACGCCAUCCGGCUCAGGCUCCACCAGAUUGUGGAGGGCUACGAGCUGACGGACCCCAAGGUCGGGAGGCACGUCGACGGCAUUCUCGACUGCGUCCAGAGGAUCCGCUACGGGAGCCCCCUGGAGCCCUGCAUCCUGUUCCCGCUCGUCAUGGCCGGGGGGUCGUGCUGGAAGCUCGAGCACCGGGUCAUCAUCCAGGACAGGCUGCUGGUGAUGGAGCGGACCUGCGGGUUCGGGUACAUCUACAACGCUCGAGAUCUCGUGGAGCGCGUCUGGUCGAGGAGGGAUGAGUCAAGGGGGACGGGGGCCGUCGUGAACUGGGCGAAGAUCCGGUACUACGAGAUGCAUGGGCUGGUGGUGUUUUGA